AGAUAUGGGUAUGGAGGAUGGAUCCAGUUGGAACAAGACCACGAGGGGGAAGCUAAAAUGAUCAAAGAUGGAAAAGUUUUCAGAGUUAUCCAAGAGAACUGUUGGGAUCCAGAGGUUCGGAUUAAACAGAUGGACCAGUCAGGCUAAACCACAGGAUACUCUAGACUUAUGUCAAUUCUUAAACAAUGACUUAGCUGCUACAGUAAAGAAGCACCCAAAAAGAUUUGUUGGACUUGGCACUCUCCCCAUGCAAGCUCCAGAUCUGGCUGUGAAGGAACUGCACCGCUGUGUGAAGGAGCUUGGAUUUCCUGGUGUGCAGAUUGGAUCCCAUAUCAACAACUGGGAAUUGAAUGCCCCAGAACUCAUUCCAAUUUAUGCUGCUGCUGAACAGUUAAACUGCUGUCUCUUUGUGCAUCCCUGGGACAUGCAAACAGAUGGAAGGAUGUCGAAAUACUGGCUUCCCUGGCUUGUAGGCAUGCCCACUGAAACAACCAUUGCUAUUUGCUCCAUGAUUAUGGGAGGAACUUUUGAGCGCUUCCCCAAGCUGAGAGUUUGUUUUGCCCAUGGAGGUGGUUCCUUUCCUUACACAGUAGGACGUAUCUCCCAUGGAUUCAGUGUGAGACCUGACUUGUGUGCAAUCCAUAACAACAUUGAUCCAAAGAAAUACCUUGGUUCAUUCUACACAGAUUCACUUGUCCAUGAUGCACAUGCACUGAGGUUGCUGAUAAACAUAAUAGGAAAGGAGAAAGUGAUGUUGGGAACUGAUUAUCCAUUUCCACUUGGGGAACAUGAGCCUGGAAAACUGAUUGAAUCCAUGGAGGACUUCGAUGAGGAAUUAAAGGAGAAGCUCAAGUCUGGCAAUGUUCUUUCAUUUUUGGAUAUUGACAGAAAACAAUUUGAGUAAUAACAGAACUACUGUAAUUAUAUAUCAACACCCUUAGGUUCUGGAGGACAACCAUAAAACUACAUCUUUAUGUUUAUGCACUCUCAUGUCAGCUUUAAAUAAUAUACAUAUACUGAAAACAUGAAUCCACCUUUAUAAAAGCUGUAUGCAUUAAGAACUUUUAGAGAAGGAAUAUAGUUGUAAAACUAUUUCCUGUUACAUAUGGAAUGGACCGUUUCAGCAUGUUAUCAAUGAAUAAUUACCACUUAAAUUUAAAA